AUGGGCAGUGUCCGUCAUAAGAAGAAGCUCCGGUCUUCGGCACCAAAACAGAAGCCCAAGAGGACUGGAAUGCUGAAAAGUGGCAAGAAGAAAAUCAAUGUGUUGGGCAAUGCCAUUAUUGCUGAAAACUGGGAUCGCAAACUGACUCUCACCCAAAACUACCGUCGUCUUGGUCUUGUUCAUCGUCUCAAUACCCCUGCUGGUGGUGCGGAAAAACGCCCGAACAAAGACGGAGGCGUCGAUAGUGAACGCGACGAUUCAUUGCACAUCAGGAGCAGCGCGCAAGCGACCGCAAAGAAAUUGGGUCUGGGGGAAGUCCAGGUAGAGCGUGACCCCGAAACCGGUAACAUUGUUCGAGUCAUCAACCAGAAACGCCCCAAUCCGCUCAACGACCCUCUGAAUGAUCUAUCCGAUAGGGAGGAGUCGCGAGGGCCGAAGACCACCAUUGUCGAGCAACUUGAACGUCAAGCGGCGCAGGAGGGACAAGGUGUGAAGGCUAAGAAGCCCCGCCAUCAGAGCUCGCGGGAAUCAGAAUGGAUUCAGAGAUUGGUUGAUAAACAUGGUGAUGAUGUCGGCGCGAUGUUCCGCGACAGGAAGCUGAACCCCAUGCAACAGAGCGAAGGGGAUUUGAGGCGGCGGAUUCGCAAGUGGAAGCAGAGUCAGUCGUGA